UGUUGCCCGCGUCAAAUUUUACCCAUGCGAAUAUUUUUUUUUCUAGCGUCAGCUUUGCUAGAGAGUGAGCCACGCUCAACUGUGCUGUUCCAUGAGGCAACAAGAUAUCAAUACUGCAAAUGUCUGGGACACUUUUGCUGCGCAUAGCAUACACACAGGCUAUUUGAGGUAACCAAAUUGAGGACAAAGAAGAAAAGAAUUCACGGUUUUGAUCCCAAACAAUUCCAAUUUCUCACGCCAACUGCAAAGAUACGUGAUUUAUUUCAAAUUUUUUUUGAGAUUAGUUAUUAGCGAUCUGAUGUGGGUUUAGAUUUUUUACAGCAGUUCUGAUAAAACAUUUUGGGAACAAAUUUUUUAGUGCUCGCUCGCUGAGUUAUCCCCUAAUCCGCCGGGCUACUAAAAACCCUACCUUCCUCAUCCAGACACUCCCCUUGCCGCCGCCUCCUCUGCCCCUCUCGCGCCGCCAUGGCCACCUCGCUCUCCACCCCGUCGCAGCUCCGCACCUCACACUGCCACGCCCGCCGCUACGGCCGCCUCCUCGGCCUCCACCCGCGCGUCUCCUGCGCGCGCUGCCCGGCUCCCCGCCGCGCCGCCGCCCUCUCCGUGCGCGCCAACGCCGCCUCGACUGAUGGCGACGCUGCCGUCACGGUGCGCCGCUUCCCGGCCGCGCCGACCAAGGCUGGGCGGCUCGCGGGCGUCAAGAAGAUCAUGAUCCUCGGCGCGGGGCCCAUCGUCAUCGGUCAGGCGUGCGAGUUCGACUACUCCGGCACGCAGGCGUGCAAAGCGCUUGCCGAGGAGGGCUACGAGGUGGUGCUCGUCAACUCCAACCCGGCAACCAUCAUGACCGACCCGGGACUCGCCCACCGCACCUACAUCGGGCCCAUGACGCCGCCGCUCGUCGAGCGCAUCAUCGACGCCGAGCGCCCCGACGCGCUGCUCCCCACCAUGGGCGGCCAGACCGCGCUCAACCUCGCGGUCUCGCUCGCGGACUCGGGCGCGCUCGACCGCCUCGGGGUGCGCCUCAUCGGGGCAUCCCUCCCCGCCAUCCGCGCCGCCGAGGACAGGCAGCUCUUCAAGCAGGCCAUGGACCGCAUCGGCCUCAAAACGCCGCCCUCCGGCAUCGGCACCACGCUUGAGGAGUGCCUCGCCAUCGCCGAGGACAUCGGGGAGCUACCGCUCAUUGUGCGCCCGGCCUUCACUCUCGGGGGCACGGGCGGUGGCAUCGCUUACAACAAGGCCGAGUUUGAGGACAUCUGCAGGGCCGGCCUCGCCGCGUCGCACACUCAGCAGGUGCUCGUCGAGAAGUCGCUCCUGGGCUGGAAGGAGUACGAGCUGGAGGUCAUGCGCGACAUGGCUGACAAUGUCGUCAUCAUCUGCUCCAUCGAGAACAUCGAUCCCAUGGGAGUGCACACGGGGGACUCCAUUACCGUGGCUCCUGCGCAGACACUCACUGACAAGGAGUACCAGAGGCUCAGGGACUACUCGGUGGCCAUCAUUAGGGAGAUUGGUGUGGAGUGUGGUGGUUCCAAUGUGCAAUUUGCAGUCAAUCCUGCUGAUGGGGAGGUGAUGGUCAUCGAGAUGAAUCCCAGGGUGUCCAGGUCGUCUGCACUUGCCUCAAAGGCGACAGGGUUCCCCAUAGCCAAGAUGGCUGCGAAGCUCUCAGUAGGCUACACUCUAGAUCAGAUUCCCAAUGAUAUUACCAAGAAGACUCCAGCUAGCUUCGAGCCUUCCAUUGAUUAUGUGGUUACAAAGAUACCACGUUUUGCUUUUGAGAAAUUCCCUGGCUCUGAGCCAAUAUUAACCACACAGAUGAAGUCUGUUGGUGAGGCGAUGGCAUUGGGGCGUACCUUCCAGGAAUCCUUCCAGAAAGCUGUCCGCUCACUGGAGACUGGUUUUGCGGGAUGGGGUUGUGGCCCUAUCAAGGAACUUGAUUGGGACUGGGAAAAGAUAAAAUAUAGCUUGCGGGUACCUAAUCCAGAUCGUAUCCAUGCUAUCUAUGCAGCUUUCAAGAAAGGCAUGAGGGUCGAAGAUAUCCAUGAAAUUAGCUUCAUUGACAAAUGGUUUCUUACAGAGCUCAAGGGGCUAGUGGAUGUAGAGCAGUUCCUUUUAUCAAAGAGCCUAGAUCAGUUGUCAAAGGAUGACUUUUACCAAGUGAAGAAGAGGGGGUUUAGCGACAAGCAGAUUGCAUUUGCAACUUCUUCAUCAGAAAGUGAUGUGAGAUCAAGGCGUUUGACAUUAGGCGUCACUCCGACAUAUAAACGUGUUGAUACUUGCGCUGCUGAAUUUGAAGCCAACACCCCCUACAUGUACUCUUCCUAUGAGUACGAAUGUGAAUCAUCUCCAACCAAUAGGAAGAAGGUGCUGAUAUUGGGUGGUGGGCCAAAUCGCAUAGGCCAGGGCAUUGAGUUUGAUUACUGUUGUUGCCAUGCAUCAUUUGCACUUCGAGAGGCUGGAUACGAGACUAUUAUGAUGAACUCCAAUCCUGAGACAGUCUCAACUGACUAUGAUACCAGUGAUCGUUUGUACUUUGAGCCACUGACAGUUGAGGAUGUAUCAAAUGUCCUUGAUUUAGAGCGCCCAGAUGGUAUAAUCGUGCAAUUUGGAGGGCAAACUCCUCUAAAGCUUGCGCUACCUAUUCAACAGUACAUAGAGGAGAACAAAAUGGUGUCUGCUUCAGGCACUGGGAAUGUUAAGAUAUGGGGAACAUCACCAGAUUCCAUUGAUGCUUCUGAGGACAGAAAAAGAUUUAAUGCAAUUCUCGAGGAGCUUCAAAUUGAACAGCCAAAGGGAGGGAUUGCAAGAAGUGAGUCUGAUGCCUUGGCAAUCGCCUCAGAAGUAGGUUACCCUGUUGUGGUCCGUCCAUCAUAUGUUCUUGGUGGACGGGCAAUGGAGAUUGUGUACAACGACGAAAAACUGAUCAAGUACCUCGCAACCGCGGUGCAAGUAGAUCCAGAAAGGCCUGUUUUAGUGGACAAAUAUCUAAUUGAUGCAGUUGAGAUUGAUGUUGAUGCAUUGGCUGACACAGCUGGGAAUGUUGUGAUUGGUGGAAUUAUGGAGCAUAUUGAGCAGGCUGGUAUACAUUCCGGUGAUUCAGCAUGUUCUCUUCCUACUAGAACAGUCUCAGCCCAAUGCCUGGAAGUUAUCCGUUCAUGGACCACAAAGCUCGCUAAGCGUCUGAAUGUUUGUGGACUAAUGAACUGUCAGUAUGCUAUAUCUACUUCUGGUGAUGUGUUCCUACUUGAGGCGAACCCUCGUGCUUCACGCACAGUCCCUUUUGUAUCCAAGGCGAUUGGCCAUCCGCUAGCUAAAUAUGCAUCAUUGAUCAUGUCUGGUGUGACCUUGCCGGAGCUCGGGUUCACUAAAGAAGUGAUUCCUAAGCAUGUGUCUGUUAAGGAGGCUGUUCUUCCAUUCGAGAAAUUCCAAGGGUGCGACAUUCUUCUUGGACCAGAGAUGCGCAGCACUGGAGAGGUGAUGGGCAUCGACUAUGAGUUCUCCGGUGCCUUUGCAAAAGCACAGAUUGCCGCUGGGCAGAAGCUCCCCUUAAGUGGCACUGUGUUCCUUAGCCUGAACGAUUUGACGAAACGACAUCUUGCUGAGAUUGGGAGUGGAUUCCGGGAGCUUGGCUUCAGCAUCAUUGCCACAUCUGGAACAGCCAAAGUUCUCCAGCUCGAGGGCGUUCCAGUGGAGCCGGUGCUAAAAAUACAUGAGGGGCGACCGAAUGCCAGGGAUAUGCUGAAGAAUGGUCAGAUACAGAUCAUGGUGAUAACAAGCUCUGGUGAUGCUCUUGACUCCAAAGACGGUCUCCAGCUUCGUAGGCUUGCCCUCGCCUACAAGGUGCCAAUUAUCACAACCGUCGACGGCGCACGUGCCUCCAUAGAUGCCAUCAAGAGCUUGAAGGACAAGUCGAUUGAGAUCCUCGCCUUGCAAGAUUACUUCCAGACUGCCGAUGCUUCGGCAGAUUUACAAGCAGCGGCACAGACCACCCCUUAGUGCUGUCUUCCUUUUCCAUGUACUGUGAUCCUAGCUCGAGCCAAAACAACAUCCCAUAUGAAUUAUUUUGUUUACGGUUGCACCUGCAGCAUGCAUGGCGCAAGGACAGGCAUCCAGAUCGUAUCGGUGACAAGCAUAGCUAGACAGAAUUGGUAUUGGGCGAAUGUAGUUGUACUCUGUAAUGUUAGUUAGGGUGAUGAGCAUCCACAAUAAGGCUUCCCAACUGCGAUUUUGAUGACUAUCAUAUUCUUUGUGGAGAUUUACAUUGUAUCAUUGUCGCAUACGAAACUGUGCGACAUACAUGUACCGUAUGCAUGUUAUCAGAUUCUUAGAUGACCACACAUUGGCACACCCGUCUCUCGUCUCGUGUUCUUUCACUGUGUGCUCUACAAUUGUACAAACAAACGAUUGUGUCAAGGAUUAAUUAAUGGGUAGCACUGUACAACGUUUAA